GUCUUACCUAAUCCACCAAGCAAACAUACACAAACAUGGCGAUAUCACAAGCGGGCAAGAUGCAGUCUCGGUGCUCCUUAUAUUUAUUAUUCCUCUCGGUUGCAGGAAUCAGCUCCUCCACCCUCCACCUCCACCCGGAGCGGCGCCACAUGCUGCCGCAGAACACAGGCUUCUUCACGAUAGAGGCAAACGAGGGUUUCCCAGCCGGAGAUGGAGGAGGCGCCGCGGCUCCAGCGCUGCCUCUGGCCGCUCGGAGAGCCGCUGAAGGCGGGUUGGGCUCCGGCGCCCAUCCGCCGCAUCGAAGCCGCCGGAGCCCUGCUGAAUCGACCAUGCCAAAGGUGUACGGGAAGGCCAACCUGAACGACUCCCACAACCAGAUGGUGGUCCACUGGGCCGGAGAGAAGAGCAAUGUCAUCGUAGCCUUGGCUCGAGACAGCGCCGGAGCCACUGGGCCCAAAACCAGCUCUGUCUAUGUGUCCUACGACUAUGGGACCACUUUCACACUGGUCUCAGAUAAGUUCCAGCUCUCAGGGGUCAAGGCGAAGGACGGCAGCAAGCAGGUCAUCUCCCAGUUCUACCACAGCCCUGCAGACAACAGGAGGUACCUUUUUGUGGACUCCACCAACAACUUCCUGUGGAACACCUUUGACUUCUGUAAGAGCGUGCAGGGCUUCUCGCUGCCCUUCAAACCCACAGACCUGCUGCUCCACAGCCGAAGAUCCAACCUGGUGCUCGGCUACGACGGCUCCCACCCAAACAAACAGCUGUGGAAAUCAGACGACUUUGGGGAGACAUGGGUGUUGAUCCAAGAGCACGUGAAGACCUACUUUUGGGGCGUGGAGCCCUACGACCCACCCACCACAGUGCUGGUCCAGAGACACGAGCCCCAGGGCGUCUCCACCAUCCUCAGCAGCACCGACUUCUUCCAGAGCGAGCAGAACCGCAGAGUGAUCCUGGAGCAGGUGGACAGCUUCCAGCUCCGAGACAAGUACCUGUUCGCCACCACCACACGGAAACUGUUUGGAAGCCACGAGCCUUCAUCUGUUCAGCUCUGGGUCUCCUACAACCGCCAACCAAUGAAAGCUGCCCAGUUUAUGACCCGACAUCCAAUCACAGAGUACUACAUCGCAGAUGCCUCGGAGGACCAAGUGUUUGUGUGUGUGAACCACCUGAACAACGCUACACACCUUUACAUCUCAGACACACAGGGCCUGUCCUUCUCUCUGUCUCUGGAGAACGUUCUGUACUACAGUCCUGAGGGCUCCGGCAGCAACACACUCAUCAGGUACUUUGCCAACGAGCCUUUUGCAGACCUGCACCGUGUAGAGGGGCUGCGAGGAGUCUUCAUCGCCACACUCAUCAACGGCUCGGUCAGUGAGGACAACAUGCGAUCCGUCAUCACUUUCGACAAGGGGGGGACGUGGGAGCUGCUUCAGCCGCCUGCUGCCGACAGUCUGGGAGGAACCGUGGACUGCCAGCUCGGUAAAGGUUGCUCUCUCCACUUGGCCCAGCGGUGGAGCCAGCUGUUCAACAUCCAGCUGAGGAGGGUCCCCAUUUUAUCCAAGGACUCUGCACCGGGACUCAUCAUGGCCACAGGAUCUGUCGGCAGGAACUUGGCCAACAAGCCUAAUGUGUAUGUAUCCAGCAGCGCCGGAGCUCGGUGGAGAGAGGCUCUUGCAGGCCCUCAUUUCUACACGUGGGGUGACCACGGUGGGAUCCUGAUGGCAAUCGCUCAAGGAGGCUCCACCACACAUCUCAAGUUCAGCACCAACGAAGGAGAGACGUGGACCGACUUUAAGUUCUCAGACAGGGAGGUGUAUAUUUACCAGCUGCUGACGGAGCCCGGGGAGAAGAGCACCAUCUUCACCAUCUUCGGCUCCUACGCCGACCAGAGGCACAGCUGGCUCAUCCUGCAGGUCAACACCUCCGACGUCCUCGGUGUGCCGUGUUCUGACGCUGACUACAAGCGCUGGUCUCCGUCAGAUGAGCACGGUAACGAGUGUCUGUUGGGCCGAGAGGUGACGUUUAAGAGACGAGCUCCCCACGCUACGUGUUUCAAUGGAGAAGACUUCGACCGGCCAGUGACCGUCUCUAACUGCUCCUGUACGCGCCAGGACUAUGAAUGUGACUACGGCUUCAAGCUGAGCGAGGACUUGUCUCUGCAGGUGUGUGUUCCUGACCCCGAGUUCUUAGGCGACCUGUACGCUCCUCCGGUGCCGUGUCCUGUCGGCACCACCUACCGCCGCAGCAAAGGCUACAGGAAGGUACCAGGCGACAGCUGUAGUGGAGGAGACGUGGAGUCCAGGCUGGAUGGAGAGAUGCUGCCGUGUCCUGUCGGAGAGAGUAAUGAGUUCAUCCUGUACGCCGUGAGGAACUCCAUCCAUCGCUACGACCUGGCCACAGGUACAGACCAGGCCCUGCCUCUGGCCGGCCUCAGGGAGGCCGUGGCGCUGGACUUUGACUACGACAGGAACUGCCUGUACUGGGCCGACAUCUCACUGGACACCAUUCAGCGUCUGUGUCUGAACGGCAGCACAGGUCAGGAGGUCGUAGUGAGGAAAGAUCUGCAGAACGUGGAGGCUCUGACCUUUGACCCCAUCAGUAGACUGCUGUACUGGGUUGAUGCUGGAGCACAGAAGAUUGAGGUGUCGAACCCUGACGGCGACCUGCGUCACACUCUGCUCAACUCGUCGAUCCUGGAACACCCCAGAGCUCUGGUUCUGCUGCCUGGAGAGAGUCUGAUGUUCUGGACUGACUGGGGAGACCGAGCAGCCGGUGUCUACAGAAGCUACAUGGACGGAACCAACGUGGCCUGUAUUGUGUCAGAGGGCAUCCGCUGGCCCAAUGGGAUCACAGCUGACGACCACUGGCUGUACUGGACCGAAGCCUACAGCGACCGCAUCGAGAGGGCUGAUUUCAGCGGGGGCCAGAGGAGAGUUCUCAUGGAGGGGCUGCCCCACCCGUACGCCAUCGCUGUCUUCAAGAAUGACCUGUACUGGGACGACUGGUCCAGAAUGGGGAUCUUCAAAGCUCCGAAAGCUGGUUCUCAGGACAACGAGCUGAUUGUUGGCAGACUCACUGGAGUCAUGGACCUCAAGAUCUUCUACAAGGGGAAGAACAGAGGACACAACGCGUGUGCCGACCAGCCGUGCAGCCUGCUGUGUCUACCUCAGCCCGGCCACCGACACACCUGCGUCUGCCCUGACGGCGCCCCGACCGUAACCAUGCCCAACGGAGAGCUGCAGUGCCAGUGUCCCAUCGGCUAUCAGCUCCAAAACAACACCUGCGUCAAGAGCGAGCACAGCUGUUUGCCCAACCAGUACCGCUGCUCCAACGGCCGCUGCAUCAGCAGCAUCUGGAAGUGUGACAGUGACAACGACUGUGGAGACAUGAGUGAUGAGCAGGAGUGUCCCACCACCACCUGCGACCCAUCCAACCAGUUUCGCUGCAUGGCCUCGGGCUCCUGCAUCCCGCUGGCCUUCAAAUGUGACCAUGAAGACGACUGUGGAGACAACAGUGACGAGGAGCACUGUGAGUCUCACCAGUGUGGCCCAGGAGAGUUCACAUGUGCUCGAGGCGUUUGUAUCCGCGAGGCGUGGCGCUGCGAUGGAGACAACGACUGCAGAGACUGGUCGGAUGAGGCCAACUGCACAGUGGGCCACCAUACAUGUGAGGCCAGCAGCUUCCAGUGUCACACAGGUCACUGUAUACCACAGCGCUGGAUGUGUGACGGUGACGAUGACUGCCAGGACGACUCUGAUGAAGACCCUCAGAUCUGCGAGGGAACUCAGUGCAACGGCUUCCUGUGCUCCAAUCACACCUGCCUCCCAGCCACCGCGCACUGCAACGGCAUCCAGGAGUGUUCAGACGGCGCCGACGAGCACAACUGUGACCCGCUGUGUACUCGCUACAUGGAGUUUGUGUGCAAGAACCGAGCCCAGUGUCUGUUUCAGUCUCUGGUCUGUGACGGGAUCAAACACUGUGAGGACGGAUCUGACGAGGACGCCGACUACGCUGGAUGUGCCACGCCGUCUGAGUUUGGCAAGGUGUGUGAUGCCUACACUUUCCAGUGUGCCAACGGAGUGUGUGUGAGCCUGGAGUGGAAGUGUGACGGCAUGGACGACUGUGGGGAUUAUUCUGAUGAAGCCAACUGUGCUGCUCCCACUGCGGUCCCAGGAUGCUCCAGGUAUUUCCAGUACGAGUGUAGAAAUGAACGCUGUAUUCCCACGUGGUGGAAGUGUGACGGAGAGAACGACUGUGGGGACUGGUCUGAUGAGGCGCAGUGUACAGGUGGUGUUACUCCUCACACUGUGGCCCCUGGCCCCUCUACUUGUGCCCCCAACCGCUUCCACUGUGGCUCUGGAGCUUGCAUCAUCAACACCUGGGUGUGUGACGGCUACGCUGACUGUCCCGACGGCAGCGACGAGCUGGGAUGUCCCACAGCAAUUAACGGCUCUGGGACGAUGGCUCCAGUACCCACCCAGGCCCCCCCCUCCCCUGCACGUUGCAGUCGUGGUCAGUUCCUGUGUCGCCGACCCCCCCACUGUAUCCCCGACUGGCAGCGCUGUGACGGCCAGAUCCACUGUCAGGACGGCUCUGAUGAAGCCCACUGCCCCACUCGUGGGCCUCUGUUCUGUGUAAACGGGACUCGCUGCUCUGACGGUGAAGCCUGCGUCCUGGACAGCGAGCGGUGCGAUGGUUUCCUGGACUGCUCCGACCACAGCGACGAGGACAACUGCACCUUGGACACCCUGGCCUAUAAAGUGCAGAACCUCCAGUGGACACCAGACUUCUUUGGCGCCAUCACGCUGACCUGGUCUCGCCCCAAAAACCUUCCUCUGGACUCCUGCUACUUCCUCAUAUACUACAAGCUGGUGGGCACCCAGCAGUGGACCAUCAUGGACACACACAGCAACAAGUCGAGCUACAAACUGACGGUGCUGAAACCAGACACCACCUACCACGUCAAGGUGCUCACUCAGUGUCUCAGCAAGCUGCACAAGACCAACGAGGUGAUCACGGUCAGGACGCCAGAGGACCUGCCUGACCCACCCAGGAACCUGCAGCUGUCUUGUGACAACGGUGAGGACGGGACGGUGGAAGUUUCCUGGAGCACUCCUGACAAAGGACACGGCAUCAUCAGAGAGUACAUUGUUGAAUACAGUGAGGAAAAGAGCAUCGAUUGGAUGUCACAAAAAUCCAUGACGACCAACACUGAAGUGAGGGGGCUGCAGCCGGACACCAUGUACAUGUUCAGGGUGGCAGCACUGACCAGUCGAGGUGUGGGCAACUGGAGCGAGGUUAAAUCCAUCACCCCAAAGAAAGCUCUGCCUCCACCCUCUGUGAUCGCUGACAGCAUCACCGCCGACUCCAUGAGCCUUUCAUUCAGCUUCAACUCCCAGUAUGACGUGAAACAGUACAUAGUGAUUCUGUACUGGCAGUUUGACACCCACGUCAAGGAGAGCAGGAACUACUCAGUCACAGGGAGGUUCCUCAGAGCGACAAACCUGACAGCAGGGACGGUUUAUGAGGUGGCUGUGUGGGCUCAGACCAGUAUAGGAGACAGUCCCACCGCCCUGUCCCACCAUCAGACCAUUGGUUCCCAGCCGGAGCGGCCCCUCCUCAAAGCCCGGGCUCUCAACCAGACAGCUGUGGACUGCAGCUGGACCAUCAGCAAACCCCCCGCGCAGGGACAACAGGUGUACGGUGUGUUUUACGCCACCUCCUUCCUGGCCCUGCACCGCAGCCCUCGUCAGAUCACCACCGCUUCUCUCAGCCUCACGGUCACAGUGGACAGUGAUGAACAGUAUCUCUUCCUGGUGCGUGCUGUCUCUCCCUUCCUGGGUCCUCCCUCUGACUACGUUGUGGUGAAGAUGAUUCCCGACGAGAGGCUGCCACCCAGGAACCUCCACCGUGUGCGAGUAGACAAGACACAGGCCACACUGAAGUGGCAGCCACCCUACGACUUGCCAAACUCUCCUCUGACAUAUGCGAUCCACGUGCGGGACGUGAUCCGCAAGGAGGAGCGGGACUACAAGCUGACCACCCAGAACAACACAAUAGAGUACGUGCUGAAAGGCCUGGAGCCCGGAGGACGAUACAGCAUCUCUGUGCGCCUGCGCAACAUGAGCAAGGAGGCCAGCUUUACUCUGUGCACAGUUCCUCUUCCUGCUCCUGAAGCCUUGAAGAUUUUGACAGAGAAAGACCACGUGUUCCUCUUCUGGAAGAGUCUGGCUGUCCGAGAGAAGGGCUUCAAUGAGAGCAGGGGCUAUGAGGUGCAUGUGUAUGACAGUGUGACCAACCAGACGUCCUACCUGGGAAACACCACAGAGACCUAUUUCCGCAUCAGCAGCCUGUUGCUGGGACACAACUACACGUUCUCAGUGCAGGCCCGCUGCCUGCUCAGCGGUCAGCUGUGUGGCGAACCUGCACUGCUGCUCUAUAACCAGCUGACAGCAGGGGCCAGUGACGCCUCCCGCGGUGAGGGCCACUCAGGAGACAUGGCAGCGGUGGUGGUCCCGGUCCUCUUUCUGCUGCUGCUGGGCGUGUGCGGUGGCCUGGUGGCGCUCUACCUCCGACACCGCCGGCUGCAGAAUAAUUUCACCGCCUUUGCAAACUCCCAUUACAACUCUCGCCUGGGCUCUGCCAUCUUCUCCUCCGGGGAUGAACUGGGUGAUGAUGAUGAAGAUGCUCCCAUGAUCAGCGGCUUCUCAGACGAUGUUCCCAUGGUCAUUGCGUAGCAAGACGUCCCUCCAUCGCCUAUUUCUCUCUUCCCUUCUCCCCUUCUCUUCUUCUGCCCUCCCCCCCACUCCCCUUUACUCCCCAUCACUCCCUAUCAGUGGCGCUGUACGAUGGAGUGAAGAGGAAACAGGUGGAACCUCCGCCCUCCCGAAUCCGUCGAUGGGAAACGACCCCGAUCAGCAGGAAACAUGAAGAAAAAUGGAAAAGUGUAAAGAGAGAAAGAGAUAUUUUUCAAAUAUACGAUGCACUUUUUUUGGAUGCGCAAUAACUUAUUUUUUAUAAUAUUAAAUAUAUAUAUGGGGUCAAAAAAAAGGACUGUGAGGAAGAGGUGGACACUGAAGCAAACUGUGAAGGAUUUGAGUUUGUGGAGCGCGCCAGGGAAAGAGAGACCCUAUUUGUAAUGCAAACUCACUAUCCAUAGGAGCGGUUCAUUGCUUAAAGCCAAAAUAAGCAUCCAGAGACUGGAAUAUAGAAUGCAAAAAACACACACAUAGAAAAAACACAGAUAUA